AUGGCUACCUUCGCUCAGGCUGGUCCUGGAGACUCGCCCGAUCGAUACCCAGUGAGAAAGUGGUACCGCAAGGUGCCCUUCGUCGGUACCAAGCCCAUCGAUGACCCUGUCUGCGAGCCCACACCUGUGUCGGAGAAGCAGGAUGGCCCAUCUGCAGCGUCCACGUCGCAGCUUCCUCCAUUUCCGGAGAUGGAGGCCAACUGGUACUCCUUGGCCACCUUCUCCUGGCUGCAUCGCGUCCUCAGGAUCGGCUAUACGCGCCCUCUGAACGCCGAAGAGCUAUAUGCGAUGCCUUCGCAUCGCAGCGCAAAGGAAUACUCGCAACGACUUGAGGAAGCAUGGAGCAGGCGCAGCGCCAUCGCACAAGCAGAGACGGCCAAGCGGAAGAGUCAACCGUACAAGAAGCGGCGGUCAAUCGGCUCGCACUUGAUGCGCCUUGUCAAUUUCAAGAAGGCAUCAAAGCUGGAAGACGAUGAAGUGAAGCCAUCUUUGAUGUGGUCCCUCAACGACGUCAUCUUCUCGUGGUUUUGGGUCGGCGGGCUGAUGAAACUCACGGGUGAUUUAGCCCUCAUCACCUCUCCGCUCCUGGUACGGUCCAUCAUCGAUACCCUCUCAGAGGAAGGAUCGUACGCCCAGAAGAGGGGUUUUGGCCUCUCCGCAGGCCUCUUCGUUCUUCUCACCUUGUCUGUCUUCGGCAAUGUACAUGGCUUUUACCGCUCGUAUUCGACCGGCAUCGCUCUGCGCGCUGCCCUGAUCCAUACUGUCUACCUUCGAGGCACCAAGCUCAGCGAAAGGGCUAGGCUCACUGGACUUGGUGUAGAGAAGAUGAUGUCGCUCAUCUCAGCAGACGCCAGCCGGAUCGACUUCUGCUGUGGCUACUUUCACAUGGCCUGGACAAGCAUGGUACAGAUUGCCGUCUGUCUAGGUCUCAUGAUCUAUUCGUUGAGCUACAGCGCUCUGCCUGGCUUUGCCCUGGUGGCAGUCAUGUAUCCGCUGCAGAAUGUCAUGGUCAAGAAGCUUUUCGCUCUCAGGAAACGCUCGAUGCCUUUCACAGACGCUAGAAUCAAGGCCGUCGUCGAGACCGUGGCCAGUAUCCGACUCAUCAAGACGUACGCGUGGGAAUCCCCUAUGCUGAGCAAGAUUGGCAACUUCCGAGCUUCAGAAAUGUCAAUUCUGAGAAAGCGAUUACUUCUGCGCUCGCUCAACACUGCAGUCUCUUUCACUAUCCCUACGCUGGCAGCAGUCGUUAGCUUCGUUUGCUACGUCGGGGUCGGUAACGACCUUGACUCGGGAGUCAUCUUCUCUUCUCUCACCUUCUUCCUGCUUCUCCGGACACCGCUCCAGCUGCUGCCCGUGUGCCUCAGCGCUAUCGCAGAUGCCGGUGCCGCAUUGGAGCGCCUCAGCGAAUUCAUGCAGGCUGAGUUGCGAGGUCCCGACCCGCCCAUUGACCAUGAAAUGGUCGAGGCGGUGAAAGUGAGAGACGCAGCUUUUUUACAUCACGAUGACACCGUGGAUUUCCCUGUCUCAGCCGAUGGCUCCGAGAAGGCCAAGGGGCUGCCCUCCAACGUGCGUCUGCAGAUUGACGAGCUGACUGUUCGGAGGGGCUCCCUGGUGGUCGUAGUGGGCGGCGUUGGUUCUGGAAAAUCUUCGCUGCUCAGGGCUCUCCUGGGUGAUAUGCAAGAGGUCUCGCCGGGAGGCCCAGGUGAUCUACGUCUGGGCGGGGACGUGGCGUAUUGCCCACAAUCAGCAUGGCUUCUCAGCGCCACAGUGCGCGAAAAUAUCGUCUUCGGUCGGCCAUUCGAUGAAUCACGAUACCAGGAUACUAUCCGUAAGUGCUGCCUUGCCAGCGAUUUUGCCAUGUUGGUCGAUGGCGAUAUGACGGUUGUCGGAGAGAAGGGCGUCAGUCUUUCUGGAGGUCAAAAGCAGCGAAUCUCGCUGGCUCGGGCUGUCUACUCGGGAGAAGAAAGGCCCCUUCGCUUCCUCGAUGACUGCUUUUCCGCAUUGGACGCCCACGUCGGCGCUGAAGUCUUCAAGAAUGUCAUUCUCGACGAGACCGACCGAACCAGGAAGAGCAACCAAGGGAGGCCAGCUAUCACACAUGUGUUGGUCACCCACGCAUUGGCUUUUGUUCGCCACGCGGAUCACGUCGUCUAUCUAGAGUCAGGCUCCAUCAGGGAGCAAGGCGGGUACAAGGAGCUUAUGGCCCUGGACGGCCCAUUUGCUAAGCUCAUGAAGACCGGCUUGAAGCAAAGCGAAGAGGAGCAAGAGCAGGCCCAGGAGCUCAAUGAGGCGACGGAACAGCAGGGCAACCCUGCGCCGUCAGUGCCGUCUGCAGCUACCGAAGAAAGCAAGACUGCGCAGCCUGCUCCGCAAGAUUCUACGUCUCCUGCCAAGCAGCCACGAGAGCUGAUGCAGAAGGAGGAACGUCUCUUGGGCUCAGUCACCUGGAGGACAUACCUCGACUACAUCCUUCUUGGCAAUGCGCCUCUCACCGCGCCUCUCUUCGUGCUAUCAAUCGUCAUGUAUCAAGUAGCGACCAUUCUCAGCCCUCUUUGGCUCAGCUGGUGGGAGAGCGAUCAGUUUCCGCAGCUCUCGACAGGAGUCUACAUGGGCGUGUAUGCUGCUCUAGGUAUCGGUCAAUCUGUCGGACUCUUCUGCAUGAGCGCCUCUUUUGCUCUGUUUGCCUACUAUACGUCUUUCCACCUCCAUGCUCGGGCAAGCAAGACUGUCCUCUACGCACCACUUUCCUUCUUCGACACAACUCCGCAAGGACGUAUCACUCACCGCUUCUCCAAGGACAUCGAUGCUGUAGACAACGUGGUUGGUGAGACACUGCGUCUCUUCAUCUCCACGACAGUGCAGGCCCUUGGUUCUGUGAUCCUAGUCACUAUCAUCCUCCCGUACUUCCUAGCCAUUGCGGCAGUGGUGGUGAUUCUCUACGUCUGGGUCGGUAUGUACUACCGGCCAGCUGCAAGAGAGCUCAGGCGACUGAACAAUGUUCUGCGGUCCAAGAUCUAUGAGCACUUCUCGGAGUCUUUGACUGGCAUUAGUACAGUGCGAGCUUAUGGCGCCUUGGCGAGUUUCCAAGAGGACAAUGCCAGGCGCAUCGAUUCGGAGAAUCGUGCAUAUUGGCUCUCAAUCGCCUGCCAGCGCUGGAUGAACCUGCGCCUCGACUUCAUGGGAGCCGUCCUCUGCCUUGCCGUGGCCUUUCUAGUGGUCGGUCUGCGAGGUACCAUUUCCUCUUCCAGCGGCGGAGUCGUCUUGUCGUACAUGGUCACGGUGCAGUCCGUCUUUGGGCAGAUGAUCCGUCAGUCGGCCGAGAUCGAGAACAACAUGAACUCCAUUGAGCGCUUACUGCACUACACGAGGGAGCUGCCGCAGGAGGCGGGUCAUGAUCUCGAAGGCGACAAGGAGCUCGAGAAGAGCCAUUGGCCGCAAGAAGGCAGGGUGAAGUUCAAUGCGCUCACUGCCUCUCACAGGCCGGAGCUGCCACCUGCUUUGCGUCAAGUGGAACUGGACAUCAAGCCAGGACAGCGUAUUGGUGUGGUUGGUAGGACCGGCGCUGGCAAAUCGACACUCCUUUCCGCUCUGCUCCGUCUCAUGGAGCCGACAUCAGGCAGCGUCUCGAUCGACGGCGUCGACAUCUCUACCAUCGGCCUGAACUUGCUCCGACGCAAGAUCUCCGUCAUUUCGCAGGAUGCGGUCCUCUUCGCGGGCACGCUGCGAUACAAUCUCGACCCCUUUCAGGAGCACGACGAUGUAGACCUUUGGCGAGCGAUGAAGCAAGCUAGGCUUGUUGGAGACGGUGAGGGUUCUACGAGUUACGAGAGUCAAAGUACGGACAGCAGGACCAUCGCAGAGAACGAAGGAACAGCGGACUCUGCGCCUGCUGCCAAAUCUGCUGCCACGAUCAAAGACAUGCCGGUCACGGCACCGCCUUCUCAAGACACCGAAACUGCCCCAGCUGGAGCUGGAGCCGAAGGCAAGGGGGAGUCACAGAGCAAGAACGUCAGUCGUCCAUUGCACCUGGACAUGGAGAUUUCAGCAGACGGUUCCAAUCUCUCGCAGGGACAGCGCUCCCUGGUGAGCAUUGCGCGCGCGCUGGUGAAGCAAUCGCGCAUCGUCAUCCUGGACGAGGCGACGGCUUCGGUAGAUGUGCACACGGAUAGUCAGAUCCAAGUCAUGUUGCAGGAGGUGCUCCGAGGAUGUACAUUCAUCACCGUCGCUCAUCGAUUGGAUACCAUUGUCGGCGGGAGCGACCUUGUCGUCGUCAUGGACCAGGGUCGUGUGGCCGAGGUGGACGGAGUGGAGGCUCUCUAUCUCAAGGGUGCUGGUUUCACUUCCACUGCCGGUUCCGGAGAGGAGAAGCAGGCGCAGGCGCAGGAGGGUGAUGAGGCGGCUCCGAAGGGUGCGACGGGCCUGUUCAGGCGCUUGUGCGAGAGUGCUGGAAUUACUCUGGAGGACAUUCGCAAGUCGAGGGCUACCUACAUGGAGAGGGAGAAGCGGCUCAACGAGGCUCAAGCAAGGGCUGAUGUACGCUCGAGCCACUUGGCCAGAAGCCCUAUCUCGCCAACAUCUACCAAUUCUCCGCCCCCUAAGACUUCCAUCGUCGGUGAGGUGUGUGGACUGGUGCAGAAGCAGGGGCCAAGGGCUAGGCUGUUGCAACUGCGCUUCCAUCAGCCGCGGACUGAAACAGCAAUCUUCACGGGGAAGGUCUCACCUCAUCUCAUCUCAGGGAAGGCCCCUUGCGAGGUCUCGGUACCAUCGAGCCCCUCGCGAAGUCUUAGUAACACGCGAACUGCGACAUCGCCUCCUAAGAGUGCGAUCGAGCGUAUUUCCGCUCUCCGCUCCCUAGCCUUCUUUGUUCCCAUGGAGCUCGGAGCAAACACUCUGGAAGCAGGACACAAGAGAGAGGGACUAGGCGAGUGGGUGCUUGCUUCAGCGAUGUGGGACGAGGGCAAGGCCGCCCUGAUCCGCGUCCUCUACCACUCCUCGUCACUUCUCUUCAUCGUCAUCGUCAUCAUCGUCGUCAACACCAUCUCCGCCAUCGAUACCGCUACCGCGAACCACUGCUCGUACACAAGGCGCACCAUCGUCCCUCCCCACCCACCCAGCCGCCUCUUCUAG